GUAAAGUUUCUCUCUUCCUCAGAUUCUUUUUCUUUCUUUUGCUUUUUAUCCCCCUUCCCUCUCAAAACCCUAAUUUUUCUCUUUCCAUGUAAUCGACGUUGGAUAUCUCGAUCUAGACGACGAUCUCGCGAUGUUCUCUCGUUGGGGCUUCGCGCGCUCGGCUGAGGCCAUGUUCUCUCGAUGGGCGGUGAAGAGAGUCUGCAAGUUUCUAUUGAAGAAGAAAUUGGGGGAUUUUAUACUUGGAGAUAUUGAUCUCGAUCAGCUUGAUGUGCAGAUCACCCAGGGAACGAUUCAUCUCUCUGAUCUCGCCCUCAACGUCGAUUUCCUCAACCAGAAGUUGGCUGGGUCAGCGGUUAUGGUUAAAGAAGGAUCAAUUGGCUCAUUAUCGAUUAAGAUCCCAUGGAAGCUGCAAAAUUGUCAAAUUGAAGUCGAUGAGUUGGAGCUCGUGCUUGCUCCUUUUACAGCUGCCAGUGCAGAAAAUAUGAGUGAUAGUACAGAUAAAAGCGAUUUGGACACUGGAACUGUACCGGGUGGUGCUGGGUCCUCUGUAUCCUUAGACGUUCAUGAGGGAGUUAAAACAAUUGCAAAGAUCGUCAAGUGGUUUCUUACCAGCUUUCAUGUGAGGUUAAGGAAUCUGAUAGUUGCGUUUGAUCCUUCUUCGAAUAUUGAUGAGAAGAGAGCAUCAGAUUUUUACCGAUCCCUUGUGCUUCGAAUUGGAGAGAUGGAAUAUGGAACCUGUGUUUCUGAAGACCCCAAGACUGAUUGCCUUCUGGGGAUAGCUAAAUUAACGAAUUUUGUUAAGUUUCAUGGAGCUGUUAUAGAGUUUCUUAAAAUGGAUGAUGUGGAUGGAAGUCUUCAGCAUAACAGUACUCUAGGGACCAGUUUUAGUCAAUGGCAUACGAAAAGCUUGCCAUUGGAUAGUACUGUGAUAUUUUUGACUGGGGAUAAUGGUGGAUUUUCAGGGAAGUUGAAUAUUAGCAUUCCAUGGAAAAAUGGGUCUUUAGAUGUUAGGAAAGUCGAUGCUGAUUUCUCCCUGGAUCCUAUUGAGUUACGAUUGCAGCCCAGCACCAUAAAGUGGAUAGCCGUCAUAUGGCAAUCAGUGAAGAAUUUAGGUGCAGCUUCAAGGAGUCAUUCACCACGUCCUGCGACAGUAGGCUCUGAUGUAGUCAGUCCGAGCAAGGGGAACUUUUUCAAGAGCUUAUAUUCUUCAGUUAUGGAGGAGGCAUCGUCAGAUUCUCAAUUUCGUCAGACAAAUGUGAUUCAGAACUGGGUGCCUCUAUCCCUCGACGAGGAGGUUGAAACUGAGCUUGAACAAGAUUAUGGGGCAAGCAUAGAUCAGUUUUUCGAAUGUUUUGAUGGAAUGAGGAGUGCUCGAGGAGGUAGCAGCAGCAUAUGGAACUGGACUUGUUCUGUUUUUAGUGCGAUAACUGUUGCAUCCGAUCUUGCUUCUGGAGCAGGGCAUAUUCCCAUAGAGCAACAGAAUGUUGAGACAAGUCUACAAGCUACUAUUGCGGAAGUUCUCAUUUCCCUUUCUUUCCAUGAUGAAAAUCCAAAUACUUCUGAUGAUUUGACGAAAAAUGGGAGACAUUUCAUAGACUCUUCUGGAACUGCUCUUGGAAGCCGCGACAUGAGUAAUAUAGACACUGCACAUGUUAAUGGGCCGAGCCCUGAUUCUUUCAUGAGCUGUUUUUCAUCUCUGAAUAUGGAGCAGUCAGCCAUUGCUGAUAUUAAAUCUAUUAAUCCGACCAUACACCAUCUUGAAGCUACGUGCCAAAAUUUACUAUUUAAUUUGCAGAUAUUUCCUCAAAAGACAAAUUUCGAAGCCUCACUUGUAUAUUUUAAAGUUGAUGAGCACCACGUCAGUAGAGACCAGUUCGAUGGUUUUGGUUUCCCUGUUUGCAGUAGCAAUCCAGAUGAAAAGUUGCUUCUAAAUGGCAAUUUGCAGAGGGAAGUCCAAGACUCACUGCCUCCAUUUCCUUUUCCAGUCCAGGAUCAUAAUUCAGAAAUUUCUGCUAAUAACAACAAACAACAUUACGAGGAUGGACUAAUGAAGGUUGUGCUGUUGGAGUCUUUUGGUACAUGCAGCUGUCAUUGUAGCAUCAAUUCCAUGGAUUUAGAUGGGAAGACAAUGAAGUCAACAUCAUUUUCUAUCAAUCUGCCACCUUUUGUUUUGUGGGUUCACUUUCAGUUAGUAAGCAUGCUGCUGACUCUUUUUAAAAGUGUUGAAAAUUAUUUUGAAGGGGAUGCAGCCAAGGAAUUUCUAUCUGGUGUCAUGAAGCAACAGCACGAUCCGUCCUUUCUUCAUGGUUUUCAAGGAGACAAUUCUACUUACAUUACAACUGUGUCUUCAAGGGUAAGUUUGCAAGGAAAAGUUCUCUUUCCACGGGCUAGGGUCAUACUGUGCUGUCCUUUGGACUGUCAUGGCAACUUCGGUGAUUCAAACUCCUUGGACAAGUUCAUUAUUCUUGAACUUUAUCCAUCUGGUAAGGGGAGUGUUUCUGAUGCUCGUUCGUUACUAGCAAAAAGCUCUCUGAAGGGUAAUCCUUGUGCAUCUUCCACUUCCUUCCAUUUUGGUAUUGGAGACUUUGACCUAUACUUGAUUGAUACUGCAAGAGAAGAUGCUGAUAAAUGUGGCUUAUUAGGCAGGCGACUGACUUCCGCCGUUAAGAUUCUCUCCGGUAUUAAUAAAACAGGUGAUCAGCAUGCUGGAAUUACUAUGGUUUGUCAAGAGGGUCUUGUGACGGGUCCGUGGAUGGCUGGUAGAGCUUGGAGUUUGGCCUCUUCACAAGAUCAUAGUAGAAACAAAGUGGCUGGAAAGAGCUCUGAGUAUUCCUCUGUGAGAACUGGAGAAGAUUCUCAGGAGAUAAGUUCUCAUAUUCGUCAGGAGCUGAUACUGAGUUCUGCAUUUUUUCUGCAUGUGCAUUUUUCACAUGUUUGGAUCAGUCUUGAUGAUCAUGCUUAUAAACUGGUAAUUCAGAUCAUGGAAGACAUAUCAAAUGCUAUCUGUGGCAUUGUCACUACAUCUGACCAUAUGAAAUCUGAACCUCUUUCUUUAAAAGUUGGUGAUAUAUCUCAAGCAUCCAUCCUUCUAAACUGUGAUUCACUAAAUAUCUCCAUUAUCUUAAAUGAAGCUGGAGAGAUCAAUCCUUCAAUGCAGAAGGAACUAGAAGGAUCAUGGAACAAUUUUAGACUGACAGUUGACAAGUUCGAGUUGCUGUCUGUCUCAAAUGUUGGCGGAGUUAGUGAUGCAACUUUUUUCUGGCUAAACCAUGGAGAAGGUGAACUAUGGGGUUCCAUCCUUAGCAGAGAUGAGAAGGCACAAGAUUUUCUUCUUAUUGCCUGUAGAAAUUCAACUGUUAGACGGGGUGAUGGGAAGGGUGCUAAUGCACUGUCUUUUGGCCCAGCUGGUACAACUGUCUUAUAUCUUAGGAAUCCACAGUUGUUUCAGAGUUAUACAUCCAUUGUUGUCCGGUGUGGAACUCUAAUUGCACCUGGUGGGCGCAUGGAUUGGGUUAGUGCAAUAUGCUUAUUUUUCAGUUGUCAUGAGAACGUAGAGUCAAGCAAUGAUGGUGUUCAGAUUGAGUCUUCUGCUGAUGACACAGAGAGGAGAGGAUCUUUCUAUCUGGACUUGGUGGAUGUUGCUUUGAGCUAUGAACCGCAUAGGAAGACUCUGAUUAGUGGGGAUCCUCCAGAUGUUCCGGGCAGUGGCAUAGUUGAAGUCAACAAAGAAAUAGGUGAACAAUAUGUAGCCUGUCUUCUAGCUGCAGCAUCAUUAAGCUUUUCUAAUCAUACAGUGGCCCAUCAGUCUGAAGUCAUCAAUUACACCAUCCAGCUGAAAGAUCUUGGAGUCCUUGUUUGUGAUUCAUCCAGCACUUCAAAUGAUAAUAAUGGUCAUCAUGCAAGUCACCUGAGAAUGAAUGGCUAUGUCAAAGUAGCUCAGGUAGCCCUUGUGGAGGCCGUUCUGAGAAUUAAAGGUAUGUUUUGGGAAAUUGACUGUUCAGACUCUCAUAUCAAUCUGGAUACAUGCCAAGACACAACAGCUGCACUUGCUCGUUUAGUUGCUCAACUCCAGCAGCUUUAUGCACCGGAUAUGGAAGAUGCCAAGGCACAUUUGCAGUCGAGGUGGAACACUGUCCAACAAACGCAUGAGAACACUUCUAAUGAACUGGCAGAUAAUAGUUCUGUGAAAUCGAGUUCUGAAAAGAAGCCGUCUGUCGAUUCUGAUGAACAUGCAUCUGUGGGGCUGCUGGAUGAGAUUCUUGAAAAUGCUUUCAACCCAAAAUUGAGUUCUGAAAAGAAACUAUCUGUCAGUUCUGAUGAACAUGUAUAUGUGGGGCUGCUGGAUGAGAUUAUUGAAAAUGCUUUCAACUCGAAAGGAGACACCAAAUUACCUGCUGAUCAUGGCAGUCAAUCUCGUUUAGCGGUAGAUGGUAGUAUGUCGAGUGACAAUUAUACAUCAACAGCUGUUGAUGUUACUUCUCCAAAUAUUCCAUCUAACAGGUCGAUGCGUGUAUCAGGUACUAAUAACAAAGAAAAAACUUCUACAGCUAAAACAUGUUUUCCUCAUGUUCCUCAAGUUAUCGAAAGUUACUAUUCACCUGAGCCCCAACGGCCAUCAAAAUCAACUGCAGGCAAUUGCUCGACCAAUGACAGUAUGCUUAAGUUUGAUGUUGGUAAUAGAGACAUAGAAUGUGGAAAAGGGGGAUGGUACCGUGAUAAUCCUUUGAUAGUAGAAAAUCAUGUAUCAAAAUCGGAUCAAACGGGGAACGCACCACUCAUCUCACAAGACAAGUUAAAACCUGUUGGUUCUAAUGCUACUGAUGACCACAGUGAAAAAGGGCAGAUACUUCUCAAGAAUAUUGAUUUUAGAUGGAGAAUGUAUAGUGGACUUGACUGGUCUGAACCAAGGAAAAAAUCUAAGUGCAAUUCAUGUUUACGAGGUAGAGAUAAAAAUAAAUGCCUAGAGCUUAUGCUAUCAGGGUUGGAUGUUAAAUGUGGCAUGUACCCUGAGGGCGAAAUUAGUGUGACAAAGCUUUCUGUCUGUGUGCAAGAUUUACAUCUCUAUGACAGAAGCAGGGAUGCACCUUGGAAGAUGGUGUUGGGGUAUUAUAAUUAUAAAAAUUAUCCUAGAGAAUCCAGUGCUCAAGCAGUCAAAUUGGACUUGGAAGUUGUAAGGCCUGAUCCGUUGACUCCUAUUGAGGACUACAGGCUUCAUUUGGAGCUUUUACCAUUGCGGUUGCAUCUUGAUCAAAGCCAACUCAACUUCCUUAUUGGCUUCUUCUCUAAUGGUUCAGUUGCCAAUGAUUGUCCUAAUCUACCUAAUGAUGUUGAUGGGUCAGACAUAACAGGGAUAGGGAGCGGGCCUUUUGGAAGCCAACCAAGUGCAGAGGAGGCACUACUUCCUUUUUUCCAGAAAUGUGAUGUGAAGCCCGUAGUUGUUUGUAUCGAUUACAUUCCUCGUCAUAUGAACCUGGCUGCACUAAGAAGGGGGAACUAUGCAGAGCUUCUCAACUUAGUUCCGUGGAAGGGAAUUGAAUUGCACCUCAAGCAUGUGUGCGCUGUUGGUCUUUAUGGCUGGGGCAGUGUCUGCGAAACUGUAUUUGGGCAGUGGUUGGAAGAUAUAUCUCACAAUCAGGUUCAUAAAUUAUUGAAAGGUAUUGCUCCUGUGAGGUCUUUUGUUUCCGUCAGCAAAGGCACUUCUAAACUGGUCUCAUUGCCAGUCAAAAGUUAUAGAAAAGACCAAAAGUUUCUUAAGGGAAUGCAAAGAGGAGCAAUCACUUUUCUUAGAAGUGUUUCACUUGAAGCUGUUGGACUUGGGGUGCAUCUAGCAGCUGGAGCGCAUGAGGUGCUGCUACAAACAGAAUAUAUGCUCACGAGUAUUCCACCUUCUGUAUCGGUAUCUGAAACUAGACCAAGAACUACAGUAAGAUCUAAUCAACCUGAAGAUGCACAGCAAGGAAUUCAUCGGGCAUGUGAGAGUUUAAGUGAUGGGUUUGGUAGAACAGCCUCAGCUUUAGUCGGAACUCCUCUUAAGGUUUAUCAGCGUGGAGCGGGUGCAAAGAGACCCCUAGAUUUUGCCUCUUUUACGCUCAGAGAAAAAGAACAUCGUUUUUAG